GCUGCUGCCCGUCCCCGUCCUUCCGGUCGGGGAAAAGGCAGCGGGGCGGCUCCGCGGGCGCAGCAGCUGCUGAUCGGGCCAGGCGCAGGGAGAUCCACAGCCAGACGGGGACCGCGCGCAGGUUUCGCCGCCGCCGCAGCAGCAGCGCAGUCCAGGCCAAGAGCUUCAGCAGCCAGGAAUCAGCUACCAGCCCACAGGACACAUCCGGGAACGAUGGAGGAAGAGAACAACCUGGGGGACGCCGGCGAAUUCCGGCUGAUCCUGGUGGGAAAAACCGGAGGUGGGAAGAGCGCCACGGGCAACACCCUCCUCGGCCGGCCGGUGUUCAAGUCCAUCCUGGCGCCGCAGGGCACCACCCUGAGCUGCCAAAGGGGUCAAGGAAGAUGGCAGGGCAGGCAGAUUUCCGUGGUCGACACCCCGGCCAUUUGUGAUUCGGAAAUCACGAGCGAGAUGGUGCAAAACGAGAUCAAGGCUUGCGUCCAACUCUCCCGGCCUGGUCCCCACGCCCUGAUCUUUGUGACCCAGGUGGGGCGCUUCACCGCCGAAGAUGCGGCUGCUGCAAAGCGGGUCUGGGAUAUCUUUGGGGCCGAGUCCGCCGGGCACACCAUCGUCGUCUUCACCUGCAAGGAGGACUUGGGCGGAGGCUCCCUGCAGGAGUACGUGCAAAAGUCCGACAACCGGAACCUGCGGGGCCUGAUCCGGCGGUGCGGGAACCGCUUCUGCGGCUUCAACAACAAGGCCGCGGGAGCCGAGCGGGAGAGGCAGGUCACGGAGCUGAUGGAGAUGGUGCAGAGUGUCUCAGCGAAUGGGAGGAAACACUACGUCAUCCGCGAGGUGCCUGUGGGGGGUCAGCAUGCUCGGACACCCUUACAGGACCGAAAGGACCGUGAACGGGCGUCGGAGGGGUAUUCCAAGAAGACUCGGGUAUGGAUUGGGUUGGGUGGCAUGGUGGUGGUGAUUGUGAUUGUGAUCAUUCUGGCGGUCAAGCUGUCGUGAGUCCUUUGCAACGUGUCGGGAGGGAGCGGGAGGGAGCCCGUUGUGGGUGAGUGGCCCUGAUUGCAGUGAACGUGCCACACCUGGGGAGGGUGGCGACGCCAGGAGACCCACGGUUCCUUUCGCAGCCCAGCGUCUCCCCGGUUCCUUCUCUGUCUCCAGGCCUUGGGACCCCUUGACUCAGUGGUUCUCAACCCGUGGGCCGGGACCCCAUUUGGGGUCGAACGACCAUUUCACGGGGGUCGCCCAACAAUGCCGUCCGCCAUUUUUUCCCCCCUUUUCCUUAGCUGGGCUACUCCCUUUUA